AGGACUCGUGUUGCGUGAGGACUUUUGUGUUGUUGGAUUUCUAGCUAAAGUUUUUCCAAUUUAGAACCUAAUUUGUGCCUCAGAAAUGAUAGAAAACCUGUCCAAGAAGCGCAUGGUAUUCGGCAUCAGCUGUCUGAUACUACUAACCAUAGUUGUACUGAUCAUCGAAUCAAAAUGGAUGAAGGCCGGUUCUCGUCGACAGGAGUUUGUGAUCGAGAAUAAUUCUACCUGCUGGAUGCGGGAAUCCUACGAAGUGAUCAACGAUUGCCACCCGUGCACGGCUUUCGAGAUAGCAAGCAGAUCGCAGGGCGUUUGUGUCCACACGCAUAACAAAGAGGUGCUCAAGUGCACCAGUGGCGAAAUCGUAACCCGUAGCUGUGAUCGGGUAGCGUGGCUGGACGAGCGUCACUAUUGGUCGUUUCAAAUUUCUCUAACCAUCAUCGGCUCGCUGUCGGCUGCUGUAUCAUUUCUACGACAGAAAACGCUCAAUCGAAGGGCGAUGCUUAGAAUUCAGCGAGAGCUAGGAGCAUAG